CCCAAAACAGAGAAGCCAGGCAGAGAAAGGAGAGCGGCUCUGCUGCAGGGGAGGACGCUGCGAGAAUGAGCUCCAGAUAGGUUAGAUUUUACAGAAAAACUAGUACAUUUGUGUCUUUUAUCAACCAUGGAGAGGCAGCGUCGUCUUCGGCGGUUCCCAACCAAAUGAGCUCGCUGGUCGUGUUGUUGGGAGACAGAGGAGCCUGACGGGAGACGACUCCUCCACCAGGAUCAUAAUCAGAGCUGAAACAGAUGAGAACAAUGUCUGACGAGACAGAACAAAGAAUGUGUGACGAAGACUUCGGGUCGGACGAGGAGGGCGAGGAGGCCGAUGUGGAGUCAUUCCUGGAGGACAACAGCAGCGAGCUCAUGGACCGGCUGAGGGAGCUGGAGGCAGAAAACUCUGCUCUGAUGUUGGCCAACGAGAGUCAGAGGGAGGCGUAUGAGAGAUGUCUGGACGAGGUGGCCAACCACGUGGUCCAAGCUCUGCUGAAUCAAAAGGAUCUGAGGGAGGAGUGCAUCAAGCUGAAGAUGUUGGUGUUCGACCUGGAGAGACAGAACCGAGCGCUCUGUGAGCUCUUCCAACAGAAACUGCCCAACCACCCCACCGCUCACUACCAGGUCCAGGCGGGACCCCUCCCAGACUACAAUGCACAGCUGCACAAUGACUCAGCCAAACAGGUGGAGCCUGCACAGACUGAAGCACAAGCCAAGGGAAACGGCUACCGCACACAGCACGCCUCCCCGGGCCCCCGCGGCCCCGCUGCCUCCAUGGAGGCCCUGUCCCCCUUCUUCAAGAAGAAAGCACACAUCCUGGAGGUCCUCCGCAAGAUGGAGGAGACGGACCCUCUGAAGUUCCACCCGUCCACCACCAGCUUGUCUUUCUGUGACUACAGCCAGGUGCUCAUGUCCACAGAGGCCGUCCUGGCCACGGCCGACCCCCUUCCGCUGCCCUGCAAACCCCACCACACACACUGCCACUGCUCCUGCUCCGACGCCGACUCGCACCAGCACGUCAACGGGGACGGGGCAGUGAAGUGCGAGGGGGCGAACACCUGCUGUUUACACUGCAAGAGGAGCCCGGACAGCCCUCCCAAGCCAUGCAACCACGUCUGUAGUCCUGCAAAAGCCAACUCCGCCUCCCAGAGCCAUGUCGUCCCCGCAGCUGCUGUCGGCGAAUGUCACAGUAAGAGCAGAACGGCGGAGUCUGCUCCCCCGUCCAAACAAUGCACCAAGAAUGAAGCCCACCAGCAACCAGCAGGCGCCGCUGCCCACCCGUCGGUCACGGUGACGGAGCAGAUCGUGGAGGUGAUGGAGGUGGAGCAGGACGGCUCGGGGAGCUGUCCAAACGCCCCUGAAGAGCUCACCGGUUUCCUUCCCAGUUGUGAGUUGGACAGCGCUCAGAUCUUUGACACUGAGACGGGUGACAGCGUUCACAACGGCAUCAGCGGCGCCGUGUCCAGUGACCCGUCAGCCGUCCCCGAGAAGGACAGCUCAGGUCAGGAGGCUUCUUCUGUGAGAGCCGGUGCCUCCGUCAGUCCCAGCCCGUCCUGCCUCAGCGACGUCAAGAGCGCAGCGAUCAACUCGCCGUCCAAACUGCUCAAGUUCCUGAAGAUUCCCUCGAUAGGCGAGAAGACGCAGCCGUCGACCUCAGCCGUCCGCCUCAGCCCCCAGCUCACCCGCAGCUCCAGGAUCCCCUGCCGCACCAACAACUACGAGGUGUACCACUCUCCUGUCCCCACACGCAGAGCCACCACCACGGAGCGGUGCAGGCAGCCGCCCCCGCCGCCCUCCAGGUCCGAGUCCUACCCAGCCACACACUCGGCCCCGACCUCGCCGCCUCAGCCCGAAGACGUCUGCUCCCCGCCCGCCAAGGAAAUAAGCUACAGCAGCCUCUCUGCACCCAAAGCUGCCUCGAAGAUGGGCGGCCCCUCCUCCACAGCCUCCUCCUCCUCACCUAAAGUCUCUCAGAGAGUUCCUCAUUACGAAAACGUCUGCGUGGUGAACUCGAGAGAGGAGGAGCCGACCCCGGGCCUCGAGAAAAGAACCACGCUUCCAUCCCAGGCAAAGGCAAACGGCGGUGAGAGGAAGCUUGUUAAAUCGCUGCCAGAAAGCGUCCUCAACCCUCCGCCCCAACGGAAGCAGUCGUCCUCGUCCACAUCGGAGUCCACGUCAGACGAGGAGGAGGACUCGGAUAGUCCGGUGUGGGUGAACCACCACAGCCUGCCCAACACAUCCGGCCCCUGCAAGACCUCACAGGGCCGUGCCGGUUACUCCCAGACCAGAGAGAAGACGGAGGUCGACGUGAGGGAGAUCACUGUGCAGAGCUCCGAGGUCGCCCAGCCGCCGCCGCCUCCAGCCAGGAGGACCGAGUCCUCCUCCAUCCCCAAGAGGCCGGCGUCCGGGGCGGUGAGACCCCCGGCUGACUCCAGUCAUCACGCCUUCAAAGACCGGCUGGCUGCGCUGGGGAAGCUGAGGAGCUCUGAGGACCUGCAGGUCGGUCUCAGGCCGGUGGACGAGGCGACCUACGGGGACGAGAGGAGUAAGACAGCAGAGAGGCCCAUGGAGCUCCUGAAAGAGGAGCAGAGACAUUCAAAAUUCACAGACUCUUUGGACGGUAAACCCAAAGUCACUAGUGGCGGUUUGAAGUACCAGGGCUCGUCUCAGCUGUACGAACAGGCGGUGAAAUCUGGUUCUGUGGUGGUGAAACAAGAACUGUGUGUGACGAAGACAGAAGGCUCCAAGAGUAAAAUCGGUCUGCCGUCCCCCAAUGCAGACGCUCCGCAGGUACUACGCAACAACAUCAAGUGUCCCGGCUCCCUGAACCUGGCCUAUAACCUGAAACCGGUCGGGCCUCACAAUAGCAACAGCCCCAAUAAAAUCCCUCCAAAGUCACCGUCCAAACCGUGCCAGGGCCCGUCCGUCCACAGGGGCGGGAAGCCUGCUGACGCUCCUCGUUACUCGUCCAAGUCAGAGGAGAGGACGAAGAUCAGCAGCAAAGGGAAGAAGAACCCGAUGUACGGGGACAGCCUGCCACCGCCGCCGCCCAGACCGCCGGUGUCCGACGGAGAGAAGCCACCGCCGCCGGCCCCGAGCCCACAGUCCGCCAUCGAGCAGAAGGUGAUGAAGGGCAUCGAGGAGAACAUGCUGAAGCUGCAGGAGCAGGACCGAGGAGGGCAGGCUGGCGAGGUCAAGCAGAAAGCCUCCAAUGGCAUCGCCAGCUGGUUCGGCCUGAAGAAGAGCAAGCUGCCUGCACUCAGCCGCAAGGCCGACGGCACCAAGGCCAAGGACGAGAAGAAGGAGUGGAAGAUCAACAUCCCCUCGGUGGGCAGGGACUCUGUGAAGAUGGCCACCAGGUGUAAAGAAGGCGUGGAAGGGCUGAACAUCUCCACGCUGAUGGAGAAGGCGGAGGGGCUGCGGCGGGCGUUGGAGGAGGAGCGGGCGUACGUGGAGCGGUCGGGACGCGGACACUCCUGUGAGGUGGUGAUGGACCAGGCUCAGGGGCAGCUGGCUGUCAUGUACAGGGGAGCAAGAUCUGACAACUUCAUGCAGCAGCUGCUGAACAGAGUGGAUGGGAAGGAGGUGAUCAGCGUGCCGCAGCGUCGUCUCUCGUUCGACUGUAAGAGUUCAAAGCCGAUGUUCUGUCAGCAGGGAGACGUCAUUAGUCACACCACAAGCCGCGAUGACAUGGAGAAGGGAUCAGAGAGAAUCGGCAAGAUCACGUCAGAUGAAAACCUCGCAGACUCGGUUCACUCGCAACACUUCGCAGGUUCUGGUGCUUCCACAUACACGCUGGACAGCGGCAUCGGGACGUUCCCGCUGCCCGACUGCAGCAGCGGAGCAGCGGGGCGGGGUCUGUCCAAGGCGAGGGCCGGGGCUGAGCGCCACUCCUCGGGCUCCCCGGGGAGGGCCAGUCGCCGGGCACGCACCCUGGACCGAGAGCCCACACCGCAGGAGGACUGCUACACGCCGCACAAACAGCUAAUCCCCACCAUCCAGUACGGCUCCGUGCUGGAGGGGCGGAGCUCCACCAGCGUCAUCCGGGAAGAUAAAGAGGCCCACGGAGCGAACAUGUUCUCACCGCGCUCAAAGACUUGGACCUUCCCCAACCUGAAGACUCCAGCAGGACCUGCGGAGGUUUACCUGGCGGUGGAGGAGGAGGAGGAGGAGCCCGUGUCCUUUGGCUCUCCGUUCAGAGGGAGCAUGAAGGCUGGCGGGCCCUCCUCCAGCCGGGUGGUGGACCCUGGCAGCCUGCCCGUCCCCGCCCAGACGGGGAUGAGCCGCCGGGGGAAGACCCGCACCCCCAGCGUACCCGAGAUGAGCCGAGAGGCCGGGCUGGAGCUGCUCCGGGAGCGGCCGGAGGAGGCCAUCUCCCCCAGCCGGCCUCAGGUCCUGGAGACCCCCGAGUCCCUCAGCGACUCUCUGUACGACAGCCUGUCGUCCUGCGGCAGCCAGGGAUGAUCCGCCAGGGCGGGGCGAGCAGAGAGGAGCGCAGACAAUAAGCACAGCACAGCACCGCUCUGAGCUCUGAGCUGCACUGUGACGCUGCUGACCCGCCAGAGGAACAGAAACUCUACGGGAAUAUUGUGGCGACGACGCUUUCUCAUCAGCUGUUUCUCUGUUGCAACUGGAAAGACGGAUCGAUAGACUUCUCCUCAGGAUUUCGAAUAAACAUGAAGCCAAAAGCCACCCCAAACAAUAUAGGUUGUUCACUUUUUUCACAAUCGGACUUGACUGUGGACACUCUUUGAUUCAUGUAUACAGGACUACAAAACGCAUGGCUAAGCUAAUGACUAGCACAAAAAGUUGUCACUCCUAGUAGUUGUUCAGCAACUCGUCUUUUGUUUUGAUCAUCCUGGUGGAUGGAGCUUCGUUCUGAGCAUCGAGGAAGAGUUGAUCAGCAUCAAACAUCCAUUCUGUUCUGUCCGGACUUCAUUUCACCACAUAAUGUAUUGAAGAAAAAAAAACAUAGAGCUCCCUUAAAAAAAAAAAAGAAUGUUCAUGUUCUGUGAUUCUUUAUUGCUAAACUCAUGCAUCACGAUUUUAAAUGUAUAAAACGAUUUUAUUGAUCAUGUUGAUAUUGUUUUGCGGCCGACGAUGGUUGUCAGAAUAUGUCUGUUUUAAAUCAUAAUACAUUUAAAGGUAAUAUAUACCAGCAAUAAUGACAUAGAUAAAAGAAAUGGCUACACUAUUCAAUGAAUAUGUAUUUCUAUUAUUUAUUUAUUUUAAAUGUACAUCAUUGGCAGUCAUCUUUUUUUUUGUAAUCUUUCUGUGAAAAUUGAAGCCUCCUCGCUUAGUAGAUUAUGUUCAUAUCUCGUAUUUCGACAUCUCUGUUGCUGUUCGUUCCCUAGCCAAUAGAGGUCCUAUGUACCUACUGCCGUUUUUCAACUUUCUAAUUAAAAUGUUUUGAUUUA